AUGGAUUAUGUAUCAAUUUCUAAACAGGAAAUCAGUGUGGAAGAAGUUGCAGCUCAAGCCUCAUCACCUGACUGUGGGGCCAUUUCACUGUUCAUUGGAACAACAAGAAAUCAUGUCCAAGCCAAAAAAGUGGUCUAUUUAGUUUAUGAAGCCUAUGAGCCAAUGGCUGUAAAAGAAAUGAAAAAAAUCUGUGAUGAGAUGAGACAAAAAUGGCCUAUUAAACAUGUAAUCAUGGUGCAUCGUGUGGGUGCUGUCCCAAUUAGAGAAGCUAGUGUCGUCAUUGCUGUUUCCUCUGAACAUCGCCAAGAAGCUCAGGAGGCUGUGAUGUGGGCUAUUGAUAAUUUGAAGGCAAGAGUACCAAUCUGGAAAAAGGAAUAUUAUGAAGAUGGAGAGAAAGUGUGGAAAGAGAACAGAGAAUGUCCAUGGAGAAAUUCAUCUCCAUAA